GAUUUGACUUCCUCAGCCUCUCAUGAAAUUUUUUCCUCAGAGAAGCAUACCGAUUCAGGACUCUCCGAUGUGAACCAAAACGCAGCUUCUUUCUAUGUUCCCAUGCCGAUCUCUCUCCCUUCUCAUUUCUUCACCGCAAAAAGUUCGCCUUUUUAAGCCUCUCCCGCCCGCUCUCGCCUGCGCUCGCGGGCUGUUCGCUUCAGUCCCCACCCUCGAUCUUCUCUCGCAGAUUCAGCCUCGGAACUUGACAAUCAAAUUCAGUUGAUUCGAGUUUAAAUUACUGUUGCAACUGCAAUGGAAGAGGAAAAUGCACUGGAGCUUCUUCAACGGUAUCGACGAGACAGGCGUAUUCUUCUUAGCUUCAUACUUUCUGGCAGCUUAAUCAAGAAAGUCACAAUGCCUCCUGGUGCUGUUUCAUUAGAUGAUGUGGAUCUUGACCAAGUCAGUGUCGAUUAUGUUCUCAAUUGUGCUAAAAGAGGCGAAAUGCUUGAACUAUCCGAAGCUAUCAGAGACUAUCACGAUCAUACUGUUUUACCACAUAUGAAUAAUACCGGUUCCAGUGAUGAGUUCUUUCUGGUUACAAAUCUCGAGUCUUCAGGUUCACCUCCGAGAAGGGUGCCUCCACCCUUUCCUGCUUUUAUGACACCGACAGUCUCUUCUUUCAUGCCAUCACCCAUUCCUUCUGCACCAUCUACAAUUCCUGAUAUCGCUCCAUCACCCAUUUUGUCAAGCGUAUCUAGAGCAGAGUCUUUCAACUCUCCGCAAGUACGAGAACUCACUGUAGAUGACAUUGAUGACUUUGAGGAUGAUGAAGAGAUUGAGGAAGUUGACAAUCGUAGAAUGUCGCGACGGAGUAUCAAUGAUGCAGCGGAUCUCGUGCCAGUGUUGCCUCCAUUUGCAACAGGUAUCACUGAUGACGAUCUCCGCGAAAGUGCGUAUGAAAUCCUUCUGGCUUGCGCUGGUGCUGCAGGGGGUCUUAUUGUUCCAUCUAAAGAGAAAAAGAAGGAUAAGAGGUCCAGGUUGAUGAGGAAGCUUGGACGCAGUAGAAGUGAAAAUUUGGGGUCCCAAUCUCAACGAGCGCCAGGAUUGGUUGGUUUGUUGGAGUCCAUGCGUGUACAGAUGGAGAUCUCCGAGGCAAUGGACAUCAGAACAAGACAAGGGCUGUUAAAUGCGCUUGCGGGCAAGGUUGGAAAGAGAAUGGACACCCUGCUAAUUCCACUGGAAUUGCUAUGCUGUGUUUCCCGUACAGAAUUUUCUGACAAGAAGGCAUAUAUAAAAUGGCAAAAAAGGCAGUUAAAUAUGUUGGAAGAGGGGCUUCUUAAUCAUGCUGCAGUUGGAUUUAGUGAAUCUGGACGCAAAGCGAGUGAGCUUAGGAUGCUUCUGGCGAAGAUUGAAGAAUCUGAGUCUCUUGCGCCUUCAGUGGGUGAAAUACAGCGCACAGAAUGUUUGAGGUCUCUCAAGGAGAUUGCUAUUCCACUUGCUGAAAGGCCAGCGCGUGGUGACUUGACUGGUGAAAUUUGCCACUGGGCAGAUGGGUAUCAUCUAAAUGUCAGGCUAUAUGAGAAACUGCUUCUUAGCGUCUUUGACAUUUUGGAUGAGGGAAAGCUGACAGAAGAAGUUGAAGAGAUACUUGAACUCUUGAAGUCCACAUGGCGUGUUUUAGGAAUCACAGAGACCAUGCACUACACGUGCUAUGCAUGGGUACUAUUCCGUCAGUAUGUUAUGACCAACGAACAAGGAAUGCUUCAACAUGCCAUUCAUCAGCUAAACAAAAUUCCUUUAAAGGAGCAGAGAGGUCCACAGGAGAGGUCACACUUAAGAAGCUUGCAUUCCAAAGUGGAUGUUGGUGAUGGAUUUCAUGAGAUGUCCUUAUUACAGUCCUUCCUACUGCCUGUUCAGAAAUGGGCUGAUAAGCGGCUAGAAGACUACCAUAUGCACUUUGCAGAGGGAUCAGUCUUGAUGGAGAAUGUUGUGAAAGUUGCAAUGGUUUCUCGGAGGCUUCUUUUGGAAGAACAUGAACAUGCAAUCCAGUCUGGGUCUGUCAGUGAUAGAGAUCAGAUAGAGUCGUACAUAUCAUCCUCCAUCAAGAUUGCCUUUGCAAGAAUAUCGCUAGUGAUUGACAAAUUAGAGGCAACUCAUGAGCAUCCUUUGGCAUUGCUUGCUGAUGAGACCAAGAAACUUCUGAAGACAGAUUCAAGCACCUUCAUUCCCAUUUUAUGUCAAUGGAAUCCACAGGCUACUAUUGUUUCGGCUUCACUUGCACACAAGCUUUAUGGCCAGAAGUUGAAACCUUUCCUUGAUCAUGCUGAGCAUUUGACUGAGGACGUUGCUUCUGUUUUUCCGGCGGCGGAUAGCCUUGAGCAUUAUAUAAAGUCACUUAUAUCAUCUACAUGUGGCGAUGAGAAUGCUGAUUUCUACAACAAGAAACUCAUCCCAUACCAGAUUGAAUCGAUAUCUGGGACAUUGGUGUUGCGUUGGGUCAAUGCACAGCUUGCCAGAAUUCUUGGCUGGGUUGAGCGUGCUAUUCAGCAAGAGCGGUGGGAUCCAAUAUCACCUCAGCAGCGGCAUGGGAGUUCCAUUGUUGAAGUAUAUAGAAUCAUUGAGGAGACUGUUGAUCAAUUCUUCGAACUUACCAUUCCAAUGAGGUCUACGGAAUUAAAUAGCAUGCUCCGUGGCAUUGACAAUGCGUUUCAAGUAUAUGCUAAUCGAGUCAUUGAUAACUUGGCUAGCAAAGAGGAGCUUAUUCCACCAGAGCCGGUCCUUACAAGAUUCAAAAAGGAAGCUGGGAUAAAGGCCUUUGUGAAGAAGGAGCUUUUCGAUACUCCUAGGAUUCCUGAUGAGCGGAGAUCAGUUGAAAUUAACAUUCGAACAACGCCAACACUGUGUGUGCAGUUAAAUACUCUAUAUUAUGCAAUUAGUCAACUUAAUAAGUUGGAAGAUAGCAUAUACGAGCGAUGGAGCAGGAAGCAACGCGACAACUUAAGUAAUGGAAAAUCGAAAAGCUUGAUGCAAAAAGCAUUUGAUGGGAGCAGAAAAGAUUUGAAUGCAGCCAUUGAUCGCAUAUGCGAAUUUACUGGAACCAAGAUUGUCUUCUGGGAUUUGAGGGAGCCAUUCAUCGAGAAUCUGUAUAAACCAAGUGUUUCUCAGGGAAGACUAGAGUCAUUGGUGGAACCGCUUGAUGUGGAACUGAAUCAGUUGUGUCGCAUUAUUGUGGAACCCCUCAGGGAUCGCGUUGUGACCAGUCUUCUUCAAGCAUCACUGGAUGGUUUACUUCGAGUUAUUCUGAAUGGAGGCCCGUUGCGAGUUUUCUACCCUGGAGAUGCAAAACUAUUGGAGGAGGAUUUACAAAUACUGAAGGAGUUCUUUAUCUCCGGAGGAGAUGGUCUUCCACGGGGUGUAGUCGAAAAUCAAGUGGCCCGAGUCCGUCAAGUUAUAAAGUUGCAUGGUUAUGAGACGCGAGAACUGAUUGAGGACUUAAAAUCUGCGAGUAGCAUGGAAAUGCAAGGUGGCAGAAGCAAGCUUGGCGCUGACUCCAACACGCUAUUGAGAAUAUUAUGCCACAGGAGUGACUCAGAAGCAUCACAAUUCCUUAAAAAGCAGUAUAAAUUGCCCAAAUCUUCUGCUUAGGGUGGCAUUCACGUGACCCAGGGAUAGUCACGAUCAAGCCUUUUAAGUAGUGUGAUAGUUGUUCCUAAGUGAAACUGGUAUCUCCCCAAAAUUCAUUGUGCCCCACUUUUAUUCACUGCUUCUCCAUUGUAAUUAUGAAGAUUCUUGAACAAAUGCCUUUUUGUAACUUUUGUAUUUACCUGAAAUAAGCGUUCUUUCAUUUUAGACAA